AUGGCUACUCAACUGACUCCCCUCCCAGCUGUUGAACGGCUCAGUCCUCUAUGUAUUCGCAUUCUCGGGGGGAACCCUGGUAAAUUCACACUCCAGGGGACGAAUACAUAUCUACUCGGGCGUGGCGCCCGUCGUAUUCUGAUUGACACAGGAGAAGGUCGACCAGCUUGGAUAGCCUCUCUCAAGUCAACCCUGGCCGAGGAGAGGGCGACAGUAGAUACGGUACUCAUAUCUCAUUGGCAUCACGACCACACUGGCGGCAUUGCUGAUGUCCUUUCAACAGCCCCAGGUGCGGCUAUUUACAAGCAUGACCCCGAACUGGGGCACAAAGGAAUUGUGGACGGCCAAAAAUUUCACGUCGAUGGCGUCAGCUUAACCGCCAUUCACACACCGGGUCAUACCAAGGACCAUAUGGUCUUUGUGCUGGCUGAGGAGGACGCCAUGUUUACAGCCGAUAAUGUGCUUGGGCAAGGUACCGCUGUGUUUGAGGAUAUGUCGGAGUAUUUGCGCAGCCUUCACCAAAUGCGACAAUUGUUCUCCGGAAGGGCGUAUCCUGGCCAUGGCCCGGUCGUGGAGGACGGCCCAGGCAAAAUUACCGAGUAUAUUGAGCACCGGCAACAGAGAGUGGACCAGGUUCUGCAAACCAUGCGGGGGGGUAAUGAUGGAAUAGAUGCCAAUGGCACGAGAUGGUCUGCCAUGGAUCUUGUCAAAAUCAUCUAUAGUGACGUUCCUGAUGCACUCCACCAAGCGGCAUGUAACGGCGUUUUGCAAAUUCUUGAAAAGCUCGCCAGCGACGGCAUAGUCAUUAAACAUGGCCGCGACUUGUGGCAGGUGAACCGAGAAAAGUCAACACUUUGA